AUGGGACUUCAGAGAUUGGAAUUUGGAGUUAUAGUUGGGAAAUUCAUGUUGAUAUCAGUUAAAAUAUGUUAUAGAUCGGUUUGGAAUCAUCCGUUUUUGGUUGUUUUAAUUUGUUUUUUGAUGCUUCUGUAUAAAUCAUUUCCUUUGUUGUUUUCUGCUUUGGUUACUGCAUCUCCUGUUUUGGUUUGCACUGCUGUUUUACUUGGCACACUUUUGAGCUUAGGAUCACCGUACAUACCCGAAAUCGAUGAAAAGGAAGGCGAAGAAGAGAAAGUUAGCCAUGAAGUUACGGAACUGAAAACCGGGGCUACUGAGGAUCAUACUGUUGUGGAGAGAUAUGCUGGUGAUGAUGAUUUUGUCAUAGAAAGACAUGCAGGGAAGAGGAGGGGUAUAGUUGAGGAUGCUGAGGAGAAAGUUAGUUUGGUGGAUAAUGAUGUCAGUGAAGUCGAGGAAAAUGUUGGUUCUGUUCCUUAUAAACUGUUGGUGAAUGAUGAUUUGGAUCCUAGGGAUAUUCAUACCGAGUAUCAUACUGUUGUGGAGAGAUAUGCUGGUGAUGAUGAUUUUGUCAUAGAAAGACAUGCAGGGAAGAGGAGGGGUAUAGUUGAGGAUGCUGAGGAGAAAGCUAGUUUGGUGGAUAAUGAUGUCAGUGAAGUCGAGGAAAAUGUUGGUUCUGUUCCUUAUAAACUGUUGGUGAAUGAUGAUUUGGAUCCUAGGGAUAUUCAUAGUGAGGAUGGAGUGAUUGAUGAGGCUGAGGGAUCAUCGAAUGAUUCAUUGGUGAAGAAGAGGGAAAUCCUGGAGGAGAUUCUAGGGAGUGAAGAUCUGUUGAUUAGAGAUGGGAAUCUUGAAGUGGAAGAUCAUAAACUCAAAGAUCUCAGUGAUGAUCAAAGGGUUGAGCAAUUCGAUUCUUCUCUGAUGUUCGCUUGGAAACGCGCAGUGGAUGAUGAGGAUUAUAGUGAUGGUGUUGUUGACGAUGAAUCAUUGGAUUCUGGUUCUGGUGGUGCCGAGAGUUCAUCUCCUGAUGCUUCAGUGGAUGAUAUAAUUCUGAUGCUUGAUGAGUUGCAUCCACUUUUGGGCUCUGAAGCUCCUCAACCAGCACAGUUGUUUGAUGAUGGUUCAGAUGCUGCCUCAGAGAGGUCUCAUGGUAGUAAUAAUGAUGGAACUGUGGAGUCCGAUGAGUUAGAAAACAAGGAGGAAGAUAAUGAUGAGGAUGACAAAGAAGAAGAAGGAGCAAAGGGAGAUAAAGAGGACAAAUGUAAAUCUGCAAUUAAAUGGACAGAAGAUGAUCAGAAGAAUCUCAUGGAUUUGGGGACUUCCGAUCUCGAAAGAAACCAACGAUUGCAUAAUCUUAUUGCGAGGAGAAGGGCACGUAAAAGCAUGGGAUUGAUGAUUGAGAAGAAUCUAAUAGACUUGGAUAGCGUUGAUAUUCCCUUAAACAUCACCCCAAUUUCUGUAACUAGGCGAAAUCCAUUUGAAUUUCCUUAUGAUUCCUAUGAUGACCUUGGGUUACCUCCCAUUCCAGGGUCAGCUCCCACUAUUUUGCAACCAAGAAGAAAUCCUUUCGAUCUUCCUUAUGAUUCGGGCGAGGAAAAACCUGAUCUUAAAGGAGAUAGUUUCCAAGAGGAGAUUGCAGGUUUUAAUCGAAUGGAAACAGUUCCCCAAAGAGAAGCUUUCUUACGAAGACAUAAAAGCUUCAACGUGGAACCGUCAUCUUUGGGUGUUACUCGGAAAGAGCUCAAGUGGAAACCAUACUUUGUCCUCGAGACUGAAGGAUCUAGACCUUCUUCAUUCCAAAGGCAGUUUAGUGACGUUAGUGAGUCGAAGUUGAGUUCUGUUCCUGAUACUGAAUCAGUGAGUUCAGUUGUGGAUGAGGAAGACAGCAAGUCAUGUGAGCAAGAUAUUUCUCAAGAAACUGAAUUGAUGGCGAAUGAAGUUCAUGCUUCUUCCCAUGAUGAACAAGAGAGUCUAUCGUCUAGGGACGUUGAGCCUGCGGAUGUUGAACAAGUUGGGAAUAGAGUUGUUCACCGUGAGGUGGUUGAGAUCACAUUGGGAGAUGGAGAAAGUCAGUUGGAAAUGGAAUUAAAUUUGCCUGAACCAAUGCCUCAGGUUGGCCAAGCUGAGAAUAGAGAUGUUCAUCAUGAUAUUGUUGCGAUCGAAUCGGGAGAUGGAGAAAAUCAGCAGGAAACAGAAUCAAAUUUGUCUAAAGCUAGAGCAACGUCUCACGUGGAACUCAAUCCUAGUGAAAUUCAUCCCAAAACAAAGUCAGUUGACGAGGAUUUUGGCAGUGGGUCAAGUUUUUCAUUAUCAGAAAUAGAUGAAAAGAUAUUGGAUGCCCGUGGAGAGGGAUCUGCAGGUUUUGAAUCCAGAGAUCAUGAAAUUAAUGAAUCUGGCAUAUUUUCACAACCAUCAUUUGAGGGAUCAGAAUUCCAUUUUACAGGUAAGGUGGUAGAUGAUAAGCAUAGUGAGCCUAUAUAUGAUUCAAGUCCAUCAGUCGAGAAGGCCCUCUCGGUUUCAUCUGUAUCUUCGGACGGACAAGCUGGUACAUCUGAAAUGGGUGCAUCUUCAAUGUUGGUUGAGUCAACUGAUAAGGAACCUGAAGGGCAUGCUGAAACAACUGAGCAGGGUGUUUCUAGUUUCCAAAAGAUGCAUGAUGAAUUAUCGGAUUUAGUUGAAAAUAAGCCAAGGGCGAGGGAAAUCCCAGAGAUUAGUGAGCAUGUUGUUACACAGGCUGGUUCAUUAUCGGUUUCUACCACUUUUUCUGAUCAUAAUGUGUCAGUGGUGCCUGAAUCUGUGGUUAAAUAUGUUUCAAGAGAUGUGGUGUCAUCAUCCUCUGAUGAGGGAUCGAAGGAUGGUGUCCCAAAUAAGGAAGAAAGCUUUAUCCAGAAUCAAGUGGACUUCCUUGGCAUAGGGAUGACUCUUGCUGGUGACCAAGGAAUUGGUAAGAUGUUGGAUUCUUCACCAGAGGAACAACAACAACUAAUGAACCGCAAUGAGUCUUCUGAGGCCGAACGAGGAGAUAGGCGUGCAGUUCAUAAGGAAGACACUCAGCUUGAGCAAGAUGAAAUUCAUUCGUCAAGUUCAUCAGAGCAUGACUUAGUUGGGGAUGGUGUUCGACCUAAAGAAGAUAUCAUCCAGACUGAUUGCGAUCAAAUGCAUUUGUCAAACUUUGAUGCAAGUAUUGAUGCUGAUGGCCGCCGUGAUGAGGGUGAGGAGUUUUCUUCCACAGCUUUGACUCACCAGCAUAUGCCUUCCAAUGAUGCAAGUUCAUCCAAAGCAGAGGAAUCUUAUCACAGAGUGGUUGCUCAAGUUUCACAAGUUGACCCUUCGGAGGCUAUCCUCGUGGAGGUGCGUAGGAAUGAAUCUGAAAUGGAUCAAGUCCAACCAACAUGUUUUGAUUCAAAGAUUGAUAAUGGUCUUGACCGCGAUAGGAAUUUGGAGAGAAUUUCUUCAAACUCUAAUUAUCAAGCUAUGCCUUCUAGAGAAAACCCUUCACCAGAAUUGGAGAAUCAGCUGUUGGGGUCAGAUGAUGAACCACCCAUUGAUGAGCACGUUAAGCUGGAGAGUCUGAACGGGAAGUAGACAUUGGCAACAAUGAUCUUAAUGUACACAUAGUUCUGGAGUCUGACGACAAACUUUCAACAGUUUACUCUUCCAUGAUUUCAGACUCUGCUUCUUCUACGUCUGAGAGUUUUGAACAUAUGUUGCCAACAGAUCAAGAAGACUUGAAGGGCUGGAUCCUAAAUGAAAUGGAAAGCGAGGGCGGCCCUCAAAAGGUAUCCAAACACUUUAAUCAUGCAGCAGAAGCAUAUGCCACUUAUGAAGUUGAGGAAAAUAUCAGUGAAGAAGAUGACAAGAUUAGAGAGAUAGAUGAAGGAAUCCUCUAUGAGUUGGAUACCGUUGGGGACUUCAAUGUCAAGAAAAUUGAUCUACAAGAGGGCGGCCAUCAUGU